GAAAGGCGCAUCACUAAACCAUAAUGGCAGAAUUCCAAAAAGCUGUAAAUGCUGCUUUAAAUCUCGUACUAAAUUGACGCCUUUGUUUACGUGUGAAUUAUUUCGAAUUAUUGUAUUCGUACCUUUUAUGUGUUAUAUAAAGUAUAUUUUGUAAAGUAUAUUGCAGUAUAUGUUUUACUAUAUACGCGGCAACAUCGACGAGGCAGGUGGAAAAAUGAGUGAAGAGAACCAAGAUAUGGGCUUGCCACCAGCAAAGAAACAAAAGAUAGAUAGUGAUGACCAAGUAGAGGAAGGGGAACAGGUUGACAGCCCUAAACCCGAAGAGACAUUGAACAAAUGUCCCAUAAGUGAAGAUAAAUACAUGAAUUUUGUGACUCGCGAGGAGUUGGAGAAGCUCAGGGAGUUUAAAGUUCUGGAUGAAGUGAGGUCAAAUGACGAGGACAGCAAUGACGAUGACUCCAGUAGUUCUGAUGGCAAAUCUGAAGGGAUUCCAGAGGAUGAAAUUGAGAGAAUGUUAGAGGAAGACUUGCCUGAAGGAUUUAAAGGGACUCGCAAACCUAGGGAGAAGGUUUAUGUUACUCGCCAGAAGAUUGUGCUUGAAGAGAAAGUCGUGGAUCAGUUUGAAAUUCUACCCCUGGACUGGAUGAUGGUACGCCACUACAGUGGAAUGCCGAUUUACAUGCAUCGCGCCACCCGCGUCUGCACGCUCUCCAAGCCCUACUUCCUCGGGAAAGGGAACACCAGGAGGCACGAAAUACCGAUCAGCGCGAUACCUUGCUACGCGUACAGAAGAGCGUUAGAGGAAGAAGAGAAGCAAAGGGAAAUCGACAAAAAAAUCGAAGAGCAAAUUCGUAGCGGGGCAUGGCUAAGAAACUACAACAAAGCAAAAGCUGCUAAUAAUAAAACCAAUCAAAAUGAAAAUAACGAUAGUAAUAAAAAUAAUGUAGUUGUCAAUAGUGAAAAUAAUAAUGACGACAAUAAUGGAAACGAAAAUGAAGUUGUCGUUGAUUGUCAUAAUGAAAAUAAUACAAAUACAAAUGAGGAGAAUAAUGCUACAGUCGAAAAUAUUAAUGGAAAUAGUAAUGAAAGUAACAAUACAACUGCCAAUGAAAAUGGUGUAAGCAAUGAGGUGACUAUUGAUGGAAUGACAAAUAAUGGAAAUAGUAUAGAAGAUGUUGACAAUAAUGAAAAUAAUAUAGAAGAUAUUACCGCACAUGCAGAAAAAAAACAUCCCGUUACCAAGGAAUCUGAUGACACCAAGGAAAAUGAUAAUACUCAAAGCAAUCAGACAGGAGCAGAAAGUAAAUGUCCGUUCAACCAUAGCAGUGAGAAACCUUCGGAAGAAGAGAAGACUAUAGAAGAACUAGAUAUACCUCUAAACAGACAGCCUGUAGUACUGCCAGGGGGGAUCGUGAUGCCUCCUCCUAAAGUGGAAACAGUGAACACAUCGUGGAAGUCGCAGCAUCUCACCGCGGAACAAGUCAACAAUUACUGCAAGAAACUUUUCAAGUUUAAGACAGUCAAUAUUAUGCUGUUCAAGCGAUGGGCGGACAGGCGCAAAUACACGAAGGCAAGGAAAGCACUCCAGUACCCCACCUUACCAGAGGGAACUAAACUCAUCACGAUACCAGCCAACCCCAACGCUACCUCCGAGAACGGCGGGUCGAAGGCGAUGAAACGCGACUGGGUGAUGAACAUGGACGGGCGCAGCUACCUCUCCGUGUUCCACGAGUACGUGCGCCGAGCUCUGCAGAAACAACCCGUGUACGAGUUCAAACAACUCGAGAACGCGGCGACGCCGUACCAGGCGACGGUGUACAUCGGCGGCAUGCAGUACGGCGUGGGGCACGGCUCGUCCAAGCGCCAGGCCAAGUCCGCCGCCGCGCGCGCCUCCGUGCACAUCCUCAUCCCCGAGAUGAAGGACGAGCUCGACGCGCACAUGGGGCACGCGCCCGCGCACAACAACGAGCCCGACUUCACCUUCUUCGACUACGUGGGUAUCGAGGACCCGCGCAUCGCGGAGUUCUGCGCGGCGGCGUGUGAACCCUCGCCGCACGCCAUCCUGCGCACGUGCCUGCUGCGCAACUUCGGCGCCGGUGACUGGCACAUACACACCGAGAUGAAAAAGUUGGAGUACCAGAAGAUCGAGCUGACGAUGAAAGUGGGCAAGCACACGGCGACGGUGGUCUGCAAGAACAAGAAGACCGCCAAGCAGCGCGCCUCACAGUCCAUACUGCAGGCAUUACACCCGCAUGUGAGGUCCUGGGGCUCGCUGCUCCGCCUCUACGGACUCCGCUCCGUCAAGAGCUGCAAGGAGAAGAAGAUCGAAGAGCAAGAGAUCACACUCCUACAAGACAAGGCGCAGCACAACGAACCAAACUACGCGGUGUUAGAGAAACUGCGAAAUGAGAUGAGGAAGCUGAGGGAGAGAGACGAAGCUGUAAUGCCUAUCGGAACGCUGUUAUUGACGGACGAUCUGCCUACCCACUCCGCGUCCAACCUUAAUAAUAUCGAUCUGUAAGGCGUUUUUGUUGGCGACAUAUGCGCACGCGCCUCUCAAUAUCUGGCGUGGUUAUAUCAACGUUCUACAGUCAAGUUGUAGUCAUUCAUAUGUAUCUAUAAGGGAUUAGUUUAGCUUUGAAAAGUUUUUUCUUCGACGACAUUAUAACUGUGAACUAAGUGAUAAUGGAACUAUAUUAUUUAUAUUUAAGAGGUCUAUGCAAUCUUGUGAUGAUUAAUAAUAAGGCCUUUGGUCUAAUUAAGUUGAUCAGACGAAUUAUGAUGUAAAAUAAUCACGUAUUCUAGGUUUCUAUAUAAGUAUAAUAUUAAGUUGGUUGCGUCGUAUAAUCGUAAGGGUGAAGUCAUUGAUCAUUUACAUCUAUUGGCACAUUACCUUUAAAACAGAUUGAAAUUAAUAAUAGCGACUUUAAGUGAUAUCAAAAUAGCCAAGAAUUUAGAGCUUACGCGCUUAAUAAUAGUGAUCAAAGUACCAAGUUAUUUAAAAUUAUAUCAUCUCUAGUUUGAAUAGAAAUAUUUUUCUCAAGAAAACGCUAUUUUUUAAAUAAUACGUUUUAAACACAUUAAUCAUGAAAGUCUAGGUCUAACGGAUAUUAGAAUUAAUUUGUGGUAAGGCCUGCUCUUGUACUUAACUUAUAUGUAGCAGAUAAAUACGAUGUCAUAGGUAGUUAGUUACAUUACCAACAUCUAAGACUAAUUACUAUUAAGCACACAAAUAUCCAAGCGAGAUGACGUCACAAUACAAGCCGGCUAAUUUAAGUCAGGGAUGUACUCAAUCGCCACUGGGGUGGGACUGACCCCCAUAGACAAUGCUCCUCUGUGGGGUAUUGUGACGUGCACUGUUUAAUUUAAUCGGACAUAUUUAAUGUAAUUUUUUUGUGUAUAUUUCGCCGUCAGAUGUCUUUAAAGAACUAUGAGUUUCGCCUUUAUUAAAAAACUGUUAUAGUCUUUUGAAGUUCAAGAAAUGAAUUGUACUAGGUCGCGGGGAGAUAUACAAUUCCAUGUUUAGGUAGGUUUGUGACUAAACCAACGUCAUCCGAUAAAUGGUAUUGUUAUUUUGUUCUAAAUCAAAUUCAAAAGAGGACAUCUUAAAAAUCUGAGAUGUAAUAUUUUCAUUCUUUCAUUUCAUUGUUAUCAAAAGUGUUGCGAAUGUCCCUUUAUUUAGGUUAUUGUUAGAUUAUAAUAUUGUCGUCCUUAGAGUAUGAUCGUACCGAUAUAUCGGACGUGUGCGGCAUUACAAUAGCGAUAUUAGACACAAUAUUUUGCACAAACAAUUAAAAAAAUGUACUAGAAAACUAAUUAAUAAAUUACUGUCAAAUGAAAUUUUGUCAUAGUUCAUAAGCAUAUUUAUUUUGUAAGUGAUUUUAGUGAAUCAAUUCUGAAAGUGGUAAAACCUGACCAUAGUAUUGUUUGUUUCUUUCACAUUUUCACCGUGGUAUGAAUUGCUUACAAAUAAUGUAUUUUUUCAUUUUUUUAAUAAGUGAAUAUUAAACGGACCCAACAAAGAGUAAUGUGCUACAGUAAAACAUUGUUCAAACGUUGUAGCGAGGCUCUGUUCGUGUAACAAUUAAUAGAAAUUUACUCGAGUUUGUUUUUGAUGAGUGAAGAUGAUUUAUUUACAUUUUAAACUGUACAAAGUGUGCCUCCGUUUGCGUUGGAUCCGUGGAUUAUAAAUGAGUUGUAAGUUGUUGUUGUCGUGGAUGAUAAAUGUAUUUAAUUAUAAAAUACCUGCUUUGUCACAAAAGCAAUCAUGAUAUACAAAAAUUACUCAAAUUUGAAAAAUCUUUAAAAAAUAUGCUAUCGUAAUUCUGACCUUAAUUUUAAGAUUUACAGUUGAUUGUUGCAUGCAAUCAUUCAUUAAUUAUGCGCUUUUUUGUUUGACAAAUAAUGUUUAGUGACACAUGCGCAUAUCAAGGGCUAUACCGUUAAGUUGAAGUCAUCGCUGUCCCCACUUUAUACAGUCUUAGUACCUAAUUAGUGUUUAAGGUUUAACAUAAGUUGGCAUUUAUAAUACCUACCUUUAAUAGGGCCCAUCCACACGUGACAACCCUUGUCACAAUCAUUUAGUUCACUUUCAGAAUUGACAUGUACAUUACUCAAAGGUGAUAACCCUGGUGCACACAUGCCACUACAAACGUAUAAGUGUACGUUGGUAUAGCCUAGUUCGGACUGCGCUAGAGUUUUAGUCGAUUAGUAAGUAAUUUAGUAAUGUAUCGACUGAAAUUUAGUCGAGUACAAUACAGACACGCUUGUUACACUACUCGACUAACCUACUAGCAUAGUUCGAACUAAUUAAGAGCUGAAGCAAUCACUAUGUAACCCUGUUACUUGUUAUUGAUGUGUGUUGUGCGGGCUAAGUAAGAACAUUGAGUUUCUAUGCAGACAGUUGGAAAUGUGUAGUGUGUUCAUCGCAGCGAUUACACAGCUUCUAGACGUUAUAUAAAAGGCUAUCGGCUUCGAGAAACAUCUGAAUAAAAGAGUAAAUGUAGCCGUUUAAUAUCUUCAAAUCAGUGCGACCACCCCUGAGGCGUAAACACUUCCACAUAAUCUGUUUGAUAAAUAUUAAAGCAGUGUACAAAGCCGUGGUCUAACUAUUAGCAGAUGUCGAGAUAAAAAAAUAUUACAUUUCAUAUUUAUGUCAAUUAUUUGACUUUUAAUUCAUAACUUUUUUGGGAAAUAAAAAAAUAAAAAAAAAGAAAAAAAAGUUUUUAAAAAUGAUGCCGAACGUUAUGUGUUUAAAAUUUUAGCAUUGAGGUUUCUUAAGUCUUAUUAUAUUUGCAUUUGUUUCUGACGAUAGUAGAUAUCAUACUAUCUCUAUAGCUUUGUUGUUUAGCAUUACAUUAAAAGCGACACCCAAUUAAAAUUGUUUUUAUGACUGCAUAAAACUAGUUAUAUUGGGAGGGCCAAUAGUUAUGCAGUUCCCCCCUUUCCACCUUUUUCAAUAAACGAGCCAAAUCGUUUUUUAUUUUUAUCUAAAAAUGAACCAAUCAGAACAAAGAUUUUUUGACACGCUUAAAAAUGACUUAUUUUGAUUGGUCCAUUCUUGGGAUUGGAUUAAAGAUUGAGUUUGAGAUAGUUCAUUGUAAACGGGUGUUUAUAAGACCUCACGUAGAAACGUCACACGUAUCACGUACAAAAUUAGUUAAAGAUUAAAUAUAAGAUGUGUAGAGGCUGCGUAGUCGCUGGUUCAUGGUGUGUUAGAUGUGACUAUGUACGUCGGACUUGGAGAGCUGUUCACUAGAACUAGUCAACAUAGUAUAUGAUAAAUAUUGUAUACGGUCUGAGAUUGUGCACUUGUGAUUUCGUUCAAGUACAAAGUGGCGUGUGUUGCCAGUUAAAUUAACUGUGAAUAAUAUCGGUGCAUUAAUUGCUUUAAAGAUGUACAUAUGCAUGGGUGAAAAUUAUAUUUCUAUGUAUUUAUCGGUUUUGAGACAAUGCUCAAGUACGUGUAUGCGAGGAACUGGAAAUGUUGGAGGAUUAUUUAUCAUUAGUGGUUGUAAUAAAUACAUGACAUUAUCAGGUGAAAUAGUAACUGAACGAGAACAAAUUCUAAACUAUUGAGGAAUUUUACGCGGUUUUUGAUUUCUUAAAAGCAAUAACCAGAAUAAAAAGCGGCGAUAGCCUAGUUGGGUGUGGAAUGGUCUGCCAAGACAAAUGUUCGCAGGUUCAAAUCCCAAUGGCACACACCUCUAACUUUUCUAAAAAAUCAUGUGUGUAUUCUUUGUGAAUUUAUCGUUCGCUUUAACGGUGAAGGAAAACAUCGUGAGGAAACCUGCACAUCUGAGAAGUUCUCUAUAGGAAUUUCGAAGGUGUGUGAAGUCUACCAAUCCGCCAGCGUGGUGGACUAAGGCCUAAUCCCUCAGUAGUAGAGAAGGCCCGUGCUCAGCAGUGGGCGAGUAUAUAAUACAGGGCUGAUAUUAUUAUUAUUAUUAUAAUAACCAGAAUCCCCAGACAAUACAGACCCAAGAGCACUUCCGAUUGGUGCCUACAUAAUAAGUUGCUAUUAUCAAUCAUGGAAAAUUUGAUUGAAUUUGUCUUGAAUCACAUGAAAUGCAGGAAAGCAUCUGUAACAUGUAGUGCGGUAUAAGUUGAGCUAGAAUAAUUAUUAACCGUUAGGAAUCGAGCUAAAUGCAUGUCUUCGCGUUCUAGUCGUUUCUAAAGACGGCAAUAGAAAAAUAAAUAUUUUGUAUAGUUCAAUUAGGUAUUGAUUUCCCACCUCAGCUCCAAUCAUACGAACAAACGAUAAUGAAAAGCCUUGUAUGCUAAAAAUACAAUAAAACAAAAAUGUAUUUUACAAAGUGUCUUAUUCAAAAACAGAUUAUUUACAAAUCAAAUAUCAUUAAUUCGAACACAAUUGUAGAGUUCCUAUCACCGGUCUUGCAUACGUAGUACACGAAAGACAUAUUAAAUUGGUCCUAAGAUAACUUUAUAAUUACAAAUGUACUAUAUUUGUGUCGUUCAAAAUAUCUAAGACAGUUCGCUAAUCAUAGGGUCUAGCCAAAUGCGAAAUAUUGAUAAAUAAUACAACAGUACAGCGUCUUUCUUUCUCUACCCGCUAUGCGAUGUAGUGUAUUACACAAAAAUGAGUAUAAAUAAUGAAAAAUGGUCUCGUCAUUUGCACACUUUCGUCUUUUUCUUCGGGAUUAUUAGUGAUUCGUAUGCGGCUGCAAACAGUAAAGUUUGACUCUCGAAUUUUAACGACCUAAUUAACGUCUGAGAUCUAUAAAAUAAAUUGCAAUAAGUGUGAAUCAUAAAAAAAGGUAAAAAUCGUCGGUUUCAACACAUUUCAUAACAUGUUAACAGUUCAUAAUUUUUUGGACAAAAAUAAAGAAAUUGAUAUGUCGAAUUAUCGAAAUAGUAUGGCUAACAAUGUGAUUCAAUGUUACAUUAAUUCUUUAUUUUAGGUCUAUGGAAUCAUCAAUACAUGUACAUCCAAACGUGAUUGGUUAAAUAAUCGUAUAGUAAAAUCUAAAAACUUGUGUGUUUAACUUAAAAAUCUAUGAUAACUAAUUAAGAAAAUACAAUAUUUAUACACGUAUAGAACCUGCUUUCAACUAAAUCGUUCAUUAUAGUGAUAGCUACUCAUAAAAGUGAUAUAAUUAGUGUAGUCUAAAUAAAUAACAUUUGUACAACACUACGUUACGACUAAUACAAAUUACUGGUACGUCAUUUCACCGAAGUGAUGUGUCUGGGACGGAUUUAGAUGACUAAUUUUAUUUCCAAUGUAUCAGUAAAAUAUCGAUAUAAGUAAACUGAAUUUCAAACGAUAUUCCUGCGCCGAUUCUGCAGUUUUUUGCCCCCUCACACCAUUUGAAUCCGUACCUGACUAAUUAGAACUAAGGUCUUGCUUGUAAGGUCCAAAAUUCUUGGGAGCUAAGCUAUAUCUGCUCUAGAAGUCGUGCGGGUCUAAAAACGUUUAAGGGCUGUAUAAAGGUUUUGUUUAGGCAAAGAAUAUGGCAUAUUUUUUUAUAAUGAAAUCAUCUUUUACGAUCCGCUGUUAUGUCUUAUUUGCACGAUAUAUUCUAGGUAUACAAUAUAGAAUAUUGGAAAUAUAAAAGUAUGUAAUAUUAUGUUGACUUACACAUGCAGGUUAUUGAACUAUAGUGACGCUAUUUGCUUUUGAUUUGAGCCACUAUACUCGUAAUUGUCCACUCAAAUAUAAUAGAAUGCCAACAGUAUGUGAUAUCGAAAUACAUAUUAUUACGUAUAAAUUCG